UUUUUCAAGGUCGUUGGAUGUUUUGAGUGCUUGCGUAAGCUCAGCGCACCGCUCGUCCUUCUGCAGUGUUUUUUCUCUGGUUGUUUUAGACUUUAUACGCCGAUUGUGAUAGAUUUUUUUACGGAAUAGCAGAGGUUAUUGUAUUUUUUCCACAAAAGGAAGAAGAAUAGGCCAUGGACGUGUUAGUGUUUUAUCUGCUGGUUUGUAUUGGUACGGGACAAGGUUUGGUCCCUGCAAGCGAAGGUAGCCUCACUUCACUCACCCAAGAAGGAAGAUUGCAGUAUGACAUAAUUGCCCGAGAGGCGAAGAUGCCAAGGUAUGGUGACUGUUACCAAAAUACACUGAAGGAGCUUCACCAGGGAUGUUCCCACCUAACAGACGAGAUACAAAGCCGUUUAGCACUUGCUUUCACGAAUUGUUACCUGAUACGGUUUGGCUGGCCAGUGUAUCCUUGCACUGAAAGAGAGCGCAUGGAAGACUGCAUGAAAGCCAUGGAUGCCCGUUCAGCUUCAGUGUACUCAUCAAUGCUCACAAAUACAAUGGCUAUGUGUCAGUUCUUAGAAGCACAAGUGUGGCAUAAGGCCACUUCAGAAGCAGUUCAAAGUUUAACAUCCACUUCAGAGGCAGUUAGUGAUCAGCUUUCCCAAGCAGUCCAUUCUGCAGCUGCCCUGAGAGCUCAGUUGGAUUCCCAGCUGCUGGAGUCUCGUGAAGCUUUGAGAAGUGCAUUCUCAGAGAUAAGGGAAUCCACAACCGAACAGCGUAACCUGAUUAUGGAUGUAUUUGACAAAAUAGGUAAACUACAGGCAUUACUAAUGGGAGAGUUUACAUGGUUUUAUUCUGUUAUUUUUUAUGCGAGUUGUAUUUUUGUGAUCCUUGUUGCAACAUGCACUCCUCGUACAAUAUCAGCACGUUUGCCACUGCUGUUAGUACUGGCCGUGUCACUCAUCACAGAACGAAUUUUAACUUCAUUCUUACUGACUGAUCAUCAGAGUGACAGUCUACAGGAGGAUGUGCAUUUUGGUGUGUGGAUGAUUAGACAAGCUUUUAUAAUAAUCUCUUGUUUCCUUUUUACAAGAGCAGCAGUGAAAUUCAGGGAUCCCACUUUGGUAACUGCUGCCCGUUUGGAAGAGCUCACGAAUGCUACCUCAGAAAUAAUGAAGCUCAUACACUCUGCUCCAGAGAAAGGGCAAGAGAUCUCAUUUUCAACCAUUGCUUCCUUGACCGAAAUAUUUGACAAUAGCAUUUCUUCAGAUGACACUUAUGAACCCACUGAUGAAUCCAGCAUGGAUGACUCCUCAUUUCUUCAGAACUUGACACCAGAUAAGAGUCGAGGAAGAUACGAGUUUAGACCCUCUAAUGCAGGUGCAUGCAAUCCAGUGGUGACCAUUGAAAGUCCUGAAGCUUUUGAAAGGGUAGUGAAGAGAAUGGAAUUAUUGUCAAGACGCAGAUCCCGCUCUCUCCGACAAGAACUGUGUUUUCAGUCAAAGUUGCCACUUGAAUCAGAAUAUGGCAUAUCCCUUUAGAGAUUUCUAAGGUACCACAUGAUACUGUACAGUACAAAUUUAUAAACUCUGCAAUGUGUCAAAUGAGGUUACAGUACAGAAUGUAACUAAAAUUUUAGUCUUCAAAUGACAAUAAAGUAAAUUUUGAACUCAAAAA